CGCUUAAAAAAUACAAAUAUAAUAAUAGUUUCCAAGGGAAUGGUAUUUAUUUUUCAAACAACGGAUGUUUGACGCGGAUGGUUUCAACAACCAAAUAUUUAAAAAUGCUGUUUUCUAUAUUCCCAAAAACUUAGCUGUAAUUUGAAAAAAAAAAAAUAUUACCUCUUUGGUGGCAACCCGUUUUCCAAAAUACAAUCCAAACUGUAAAUAAUUUUACAGUUUAUUCUUAUAAUGUUUAAAUACAGUUUGUCUGUGAUUAAUCUGUUUUUACCGCAAUAAACCAAUUGUGUUUGUAAAACGUCAAAUGGCAUCGAGUAGGAAACGGUCGGCCUGGAAAUAGUUGUUUACUUACAUUUUGUGAACAGCGAUAUUAUGUACAUUUAACUUUAGGAUAAUAUUGUAAAUAAAAAGAAAAUUGGAAAAGAGGGCAGCUGGGCAGUAUUCCGAGAGGCGAUUCAGUGUUGAGGAGUGCGGUUCUUACCACGACUCGUUUUUACCGGUCGACAUUUUUAAACCCCUGCACGUUUACAUAACAUUUCCAUGGCAAUGCAAGUUCAAAUUAAAUUGCAAGUCCUGAAAUUUUCACGCAAAAUUCUUAAAUGUAGUAAAAAUUCUUAAAGACACAACACGUAACACAAGCAGACCGGGAAACAGUCAUGGCCGAGAGUGACAAAUUGAAUAUCGACACGGUGAUAACUCGUCUCCUGGAGGUGAGGGGCGCCCGCCCGGGCAAAACCGUCCAGCUAAUGGAAAGCGAAAUCCGUGGGCUUUGCCUGAAAUCCAGGGAAAUCUUCUUGUCACAGCCGAUACUCUUGGAAUUGGAGGCUCCAUUGAAGAUCUGCGGCGACACGCACGGUCAGUACUACGACCUUUUGCGUUUAUUCGAGUACGGCGGUUUCCCACCGGAAGCGAAUUACCUGUUUUUGGGAGACUACGUCGACAGAGGGAAGCAAUCCCUGGAGACCAUCUGCCUUUUGUUGGCUUACAAGAUCAAGUACCCGGAGAACUUCUUUCUCUUGCGAGGAAACCACGAGUGCGCUAGCAUCAACCGUAUCUACGGGUUUUACGACGAGUGUAAGAGACGGUACAACAUCAAACUGUGGAAAACGUUCACGGAUUGUUUCAACUGCCUGCCCGUCGCGGCUAUAGUGGACGAGAAGAUAUUUUGUUGUCACGGAGGGCUCAGCCCGGACUUGCAAAGUAUGGAACAGAUACGUAGAAUUAUGAGACCGACGGAUGUUCCUGACCAGGGUUUGCUUUGUGAUUUGUUGUGGUCGGACCCCGAUAAAGACACAAUGGGUUGGGGCGAGAAUGACAGAGGGGUCUCUUUCACGUUUGGUGCAGAAGUUAUCGCCAAAUUUCUUCAUAAACACGACCUCGAUCUGAUCUGCAGGGCACAUCAAGUCGUAGAGGACGGAUACGAAUUUUUCGCGAAGAGACAGCUGGUCACCGUGUUCUCGGCACCGAAUUACUGCGGAGAGUUUGACAACGCAGGCGCCAUGAUGUCGGUAGACGAAACAUUGAUGUGUUCAUUUCAAAUAUUGAAACCAGCGGACAAGAGGAAAUACACUAUCGGAGCGGCGCAUUAAUAAGGAAGUACCAAAUACUAAUUGAAAAUUAUAAUUAUCAACUGAUUCAUUCACAUUUGGAAACCUCCUUUGUUAUAUGUACGUACUACAUAAGCUUGAAUUUCAAUAAAAUUAGCAAAUUCUGUUCAA